GAAGUGAACCACGACUUUUAUUAUGUGAUCAUUUUACGAGCUGAUUUGCUGCUCAUGUUCAUUUCAAAACAUCGGAAUUUCUUGUCUGGAAUGGUGUAAAAUUUUUUAGUAUUUUUGAAAUGUUUCGUACAAUUGCUUCUUUGGCGAUUCGUCAAGUAACACGAGCUCAUCAAUUCAACCGGCUAGCAGCAAAACCAUCGCUGGAUGUUGUUUCAUUGACCCGAAGCUUUUCGUCUCUUCUCAGAACGAGCAAAACGGCCAUCCAACCCACUCCAUUCACUGCGGCCAAAACCGGCAGUUCGAUCACCAGCCCUGGCAUCUUGAAUGUGACCACAUCGCUAGCCCCGGCAAACCUCCAACAGCCACCUUGCCGAACGGUCAUUAAAUUUUCGAUGCGCAAAGGUAAAAGGAAGAGCGUGAAGCCGGUAAUCAAGCGCUUCAAGCGACUCGACUGGGGUGGUUGGAUCCGUACACUAGCCGGACGUCAUAAGCAUAUGUGGAAAAAGUCGGCAGCACGCAAGCGAAGGCUGAGACAGCACGUACUUGUUAACUCCCAACAGGCAACGUUGUUGGAUAAAAUGGUGACCAAGUAUUGGAAACGGCCUCGAUACUACAUAAAUGAUCCUUACGCACCGUACCACACGAGGGAAGAACUGCGUGAGACCAGAAGGAAACCAUUGAGCUACUGAUUGGAAAGGUCGAUAGUUUUGUAGAUUUAAAAAGCCGACAAUAAAGAUUCGUUGGUUAAAGUUUA